AUGGCGACCACACCCAAGAUCCUCUCUACCCUCCCUAACGUCUUCACCUCGCUCCACGAGGCCAAGAUCAAAUCCAAGCUCACCUUUGCGCAGCUCGGCGAGGCCAUCGGGCGCAAUGAAUGGUACACCACCGCCAUCUUCUACGGCCAAGCACGACCGGACAAAAGCGAUGUCGAGAAGCUCUCGGCCGCCCUCGGUCUCCAGCAGGGCUUCCUCGAGGAGGCUUUCGGGGAGGACUUCUUCCCCUUGCGCGGUCUCGGCGAGUUCCCCCCCCAGGACCCCGUCCUGUACCGACUGUACGAGGUCAUCGUCGUGUAUGGCUACCCGUUGAAGCACAUGAUCAACGAAAAGUUCGGCGACGGCAUCAUGUCCGCUAUCGACUUCGAGGGCGACGUCGAGAAGGUCAAGGGUAGUCAGGGCGAGGACAGAGUCAAGAUCACCCUCAACGGCAAAUUCCUCCCCUACCGCCGAUGGUAA